AUGGCAGACAGAGCCACGACAAAGAAACAACAGGCGCCGAGCCCGUCGAGCUUGCCUUUCCUGUCGAUCUCGCAAGACCACUACGGCGUCGGCGAAGACAUUGAGUACACGACUCAGAUGCUACGUCUUGUGUCUGGCUACACUGGUGAUCCUGGUAUGAGCCUCGGAGCUGCCUGGCCAGAGCCCGACAAACUCGUACAAACGGCCAAUUCUUACGCCUCGAGCAAUGGUACCACAGAUUCCGAACAAUCUAAUAGAUUACCUGGUUUUAUUAAAUCACUAUCAUCGUGCAUCGACACAGACGACAUCGCCUACCUACGGUCUAAAGGAGCCCUGUCGGCGCCAAACGUGCACCUCCAAAACGCCCUUCUCUGGUCCUUCUUCGAAUACGUAUAUCCUUUCAUACCCGUGGUAGAUGUCGAAGAAUUCCUCGAGUCGGUGCACGACCGAGACGGUAACUCUGGUCAAGUCAGCCUCCUCCUGUACCAGGCCGUCUUGUUUGCAGGGACAGCACACGUCAGCAUGGAUCUUCUCAAGAAGUCUGGCUUCAACACCCGCAGAGAGGCGCGCAAGGCCUUCUUCCACAGAGUUAGACUUCUCUACGACUUCAAUGCCGAGUCAGAUCGGGUCGUCAUCAUCCAAGCGCUUCUACUCAUGACGCUCUGGUACGAGACCCCGAACGAACACCGAAACACAUGGCACUGGAUCGACGUCGCAAUAUCACAGGCAUUUGCCGCUGGCCUACAUCGAGACCCGCCGUUCCUCAGCUCCCCGCCUUUGAUCCGCAUUCAAAGACUCCGUCGGCGGAUAUGGUGGACUUGUCUAAUGCGUGAUCGUCUGGUGUCUUUAGGCAUGAAGCGACCACCGCGGAUUAACGAUGAAGAUUAUUGCGUCACCAUGCUCGAGGAGGCUGAUUUUGGACCUGCCGACUUGCCAGAAACAGAGCGCGGCCAGCUACGAGACAUGUGCUCCUACAUUCAAGACAGCCACAAAAGAAUGGCCCUGGCUCGGCUUUGUAUCGCCAAGGCAAAUCUCUGUCGUCGCUUGAGAUACUAUCUCAGAUCACGAUAUUCUGUUUUCGCCGAAAAUGCCGGCGACGAAGCAGCUGAAGCUUUCACCAUUUCAAGACCGAACGACAAAGCUGCAUAUGUCUCGUGUAGCGAGGACCUAGUUGCCUGGCAAAAGGCAUUAUCGAAUGACUGCAAGUAUCGGACCCUUUCGAGUGAUCUUGUGGCGCACGAGGAUAGGACUGUUGCCCUUCACCGCACAAUCCUCCACAUGAUCUACUACGCUUCAAUAUCUGGGAUCCAUCGGUCCAGGUUUACUCUACUCUUACACGACAAAGAGUCUUCACUAUUCGAUCAAGAAGUCUCAAAGAUUUGGAUGCAGCACGCAGCCAUACGGGUUUCGGACAUGGCUGGAGAGAUUCAUCAGCAUGGUCUUGAUGGACUUUUACCGACUUUGGCCUUGAGUGUUGUUGUUUCGGCUGCUUCGGUUCACCUACUCGAGAUAAGAGGGGUCAUUGAUGCCGAGAGAAAGAGGGCUUACGAGGGAUACCGCAGAUGCAUGGUGGUGCUCGACUCACUAGCGGACAUGUAUGUGGCUGCAGACCUGGCAAAGGAUGCCAUGGAAUGGGCCUUUAUCCAACCGUCUGCCAGAGCAUCCGAGCCAAGUGACGAGGUCGAAUCAAUGGUGCAGUCCUCUCAAAGCCCCACGGCUGUAGAUGCUCCUGUUGAUAUCGACAGCCUGAUAAACGGCAACCGCGAGGGGUGCUCAGCGCCGAGAGAGAGUGUUGAGCCGGACCAUGAUGAUGUGGGCCUAGGCGCCCCGGGAGCUGAUUUUGAGGAUGUGUGGAUGGAUUAUCCAAUGGGAGAGAUGGACAAAUUUGAAAAUAGUGUCAUGUUUAGUGACAUUGACUUGUAA